AUGUCUAACGUUAUUUUAUUACAAUCUGCACCACCGAAGUUAGUAGACAUACAGAAAUCAGUUUUUAGUCGGGAAGCUGUUGAAUUUGUGGCUAAGUUGCACAAAACAUUUGAUUUAAAAAUUGAAAAUCUUUAUAAAAAUCGACUUGAAAAAAAUGUUGCCAUUCAAACCCAAAAUAGUUUAGAUUUUAAGAAAUCAUCCGAAAGAAGUGAUUCUAUAUGGAAAGUGGCUCCAAUUCCAUAUAGACUUCAAAAUCGUCACUUAGAUUUAGGUGAUGUGUCAGCUUCAAAUGCUGCUCAUUUUAUAGCCGCCCUUAAUUCUGAUGUUCAAGGCAUUCAAGUUGAUUUUGACGAUGGACACUGUCCAACUUGGAAGAAUCAACUGCUUGCUUACCAUAAUAUUAAUUUAGUUGUUAACGGUAAACUUCCUGGUGCUCCAUUAAGUAUCACCACCUGUCCUGUCUUGAUGUUAAGGCCUAGAGCAUGGAAUAUGAUUGAUCAUGAUAUACUGAUAGAUGGCAAAGAAGCAAUAGGUCCUUUAGUUGAUUUUGGAAUUUUAAUGUACCACAAUGCAAAGAAAUUGCAUGAAAACAAUAGUGGUCCUUAUUUUUAUCUUUCCAAAGUUCAAGGUUCGUCUGAGGCAAAUUUAUGGAAUGAAAUAUUUGUAUGGUCCCAGAAUGAACUUGGCUUACCUCAUGGAUCAAUAAAAGCUUGUGUGUUAAUUGAGAAUAUUAUAUCAACAUUUGAAUUGGAAGAAAUACUAUAUGCUUUGAAGGAUCACUCUCUAGGACUCAAUUGUGGCAUUUGGGAUUAUUGUGCUUCCAUCAUAGCAAAAUUUGGAGAUCGAAAGGAAUUUAUUUUGCCAGAUAGAAACAAAUAUGUUAAUAUGGAUCGUCACUUUUUAAACAGUUAUAUGAAAUUAGUUGUUAGUACAUGUCAUGCUCGUGGUGCUCCAGCUACUGGAGGAAUGGCAGCUGCUAUGCUAAAACCAGGAUCUAAUGGUUUGGACAAAGAGUCGAAGAUUGUUGUCAGUAAUGUUUUAGAAGCCAAACUAAAAGAGAUAGAAAUAGGCGUCGACGGAUUUAUGGUGUACGAUGUGCGAUUGGUGCCUUAUGUAAAUGAGCUUUGGAAGAAAAACGGUACGGCGCCCAAUCAAAUCACGCGUCAGUUGGAUGUAAAUAUAACCGCCCAAGAUCUGCUGACUAUACCGCAGGGAGGUGUGACCUUGCAAGGUUUGAAGCAUAACGUUGCCGUCUCCAUACUAUUCAUAUACCAUUGGCUAGCUGGUAUUGGGCAUUUCUUCUACAAUGGCAAUGUUGAAGAUUCAGCUACGGCGGAAAUAUCGAGGGCACAGAUAUGGCAGUGGAUACGGUUUUCGCCACCGCUAGAAGACGAUCCACAGCAGCGUGUAACACCGAGAUUAGUAGAGAAAAAUGCGACCAAUUUCGCGAGCCACGCUCACAAAAACCUCUGCAGAUCAAACGCAGAGCGCAAACGUUUGACUGCUGCCAAAUAUAUGAGCUUAGAAUUAUUCUUUACAAGACACCCUCCGGAAUUUAUCACAACUUAUUUAAACGACAAUCAUAAAUUCCGAACGUUGCAUAACAAAGCUCUUUUGAGCAAUUUGUAA